UCCGUGCUGCAGGGCCGUUGCCGUGGCGUCCAUCUGAGGUCUCCGGAAAGCUGUUGCCGAUUAAUCCGCCUCGAGCAUGUCAUGAAGUCAUUCUUUAUUGGGAUCUAAAUUAGCAGGAGAUUUUAGACCACCAUUACGCGUUGACGACGAAAGUCCUGCAGUUGGAGGUCGACUCCGACCGCAUAUAACAAUGGUGCUCCCAGAUCGAGUGCAACACCAUCCGACUUGACAAUUGCGAAGAUGUUCACUAAGGCCAUCUACGCUACUACACUGCUGUCAGCGUUCGCUGUCGGCGCUCCGGCACCUCAGGUGCCUGGAUACAGCGAUGCUGACUUCCCCGUCACCGUCAGCCAGGACACUGGUGCACCGGCAACAACUUUUGGCCCCGAUUCCCAAGUUAAUGCUAUCCUCACCACACCCGGAACCGUUGCGCCCCUGCGGAGAAGUUCUGAUUUGACUGGUGCCACCAGCCACGGUCCCUUCUCCGGCACUGCUACCACCACUGGAGCUGAGCAGGCACCUACGACCAUCGGCACUGUCAUUGCGCCUCUGCCCCCGAACCCCACGGCGACCUACUAUAACGCCGAUGGCAAACUCCAGAAUCCUGCGCCCAUUCCGUACACGCCUGCUGGCGGUCUCGGAACCAAUGGAACUGAGCCCCGCUACAUGGUUAAUAGCGAUUUCGAUUAUGAGUCGAUCCAGCUUGGCCUGUACCAGGAAUGGAUCGAGCUCGACCUAUUCAACAAUGGUUUGGCCGUCUUUUCCGAGCAGGACUUCCUCGAUGCCGGGCUCACUGCUGAGGACCGCUCCUACAUUGCUUUCAUGGCAAUCCAAGAGAGUGGCCACGCAACUCUUCUGAGCAACAUGCUCGGCGAGUCUGCUGCGCCCCAGUGCACCUACGACUACCCAUUCACCACCGUUCGCGAGUUUAUCGACUUCAACCAGAAGCUCACCCGUUGGGGCGAGUCUGGUGUAUGGGGGUUCAUCAACCAUCUCGACAGCCGCGAGGUUGGCCAGCUCCUCUCCCAGUCCAUUGCCACCGAGGCCCGCCAGCAGAUGAGCUUUCGCCAGAUGCUUGGUCUGCACCCCAUGCCCGUCUGGUUCGAGACCGGUAUCCCUCAGUCCUGGGCGUGGUCCUACCUUGCGCCUUACAUCAGCUCCUGCCCGGAGAACACCACGCGCCUCGCAUGGCAGAACUUCCCUGCGUUGCACGUCGUCAACCAGGCCAACCCAAACCGCUUCUCCCCCAACGAUACCGCCGACUACGAGGUGACCGGCAACCGCACCGCCGACCCAAGCAAGAGCACCAUCCCCGCUGAUGAGUCCUGCGUCAACCUCAACGUCACCGGCUACGCCUGCGGCCCUGCCAUCGCGCGUAACCGCUCCGAGCCUCUCUCCUUCCCCGGAAAGCAGGUCAACCUCACCUGGGACGUUCCCGGCCAGGCCGUCGGCCCCAACAACUCGUACGUCACGUCGACCUCGGCCGGCCAGCCGCAGUUCGUUGCGUGGGUCGCGCAGCUCAACCUCACUUAUACUCCCCUGACACUCACUGGCAACAACUCCGGCUAUACCUACCAGCCCGCGAGCGAGGUGUACGAGGGUGAUCCUGCGUUGAACGGCACUGCGUUCAUUGCUAUCACCGAUAGCGAUCUGUUCCUUACGCCGUUCAACCUGAGCAUGAUCAAUCCGCAUGUUGUCGCGCUUGGUCUGUACCAGGCUGGUUAAACGUCAAAUGGAAGAAAAGCGAGUAAGACAGGAACGUGUAAUGAGACAUGAUGUAGAGGAGAUUCUUUGUAAAUAGUAUGUGAUGAGCAUUUAAUGUAGAUAAUGAUGUAUGAUACUUUCGAAUCCACCUAUAUACGCA